UCAGCUAAAGUCACAUCGAUAGCUAGCCGAAUCUGAUAUGACAAGCUGUCGCUAUACGUAUGUGGAGUCCCUUGUCUUCAAGUAAAAUCUUCAAUUCCAGACCAUUCCACCUGGGGUCGCCGCCGGCGAAACAUGACUUCGUGCAGCGGCAAGGAAGGUCUGAAGUAAGACUGCGACACGAACAAGAGACAAUUUUCAAUAUCUCGCGCUGCUGUGAACGAUACUCGCUAUAUUUCCAUGGGAGGGACUUUGAAUAUUACCGAAACCUCGCAGAAUUGCUUCACUUUCGGAUAGAUGAACGACCCUCUUUCUUUUUCCGGGGCUCGUCUGUUAUCGUUAUUCAAAAUUCUUUCACCCGCCUCCACAUUCUCGACCCAUCUUCCAGAACGUUUUUGCCCCCGCUUCCCGUGACAUAAAAUCCCACCGAACAUAUAGUGGCAUUUAAGUUCCCGCAUCCCUACCCCCCCACAUCCGAGUCGAAAUGGCACCAUCACGACUCUUUCUCAGCCGUCUGGGGGCGUACGCCAUGGCAUUUGCAUGGGGUGCCAUCAGCCUUUCCAUCGGUCUCAACACGGUAGUGAAGCAGAACCGCCUCAAAUCAUUCCUCCGCAGAUCUGUCGCUCCUCUCGGGAUCACCCUAAGGCUCGUCACGAACAACGUCGUCCACCCCGCUAUAGCAUCGGAGGUGUUCUGCGUCAUCACGGCCCUGUUCUCCCUCGCCGCCGCCGUCAGCCUCUUCGUGGGCUCAUGCGCUACGAGCCGAAAGGCCAUAACCGUCCAAGCAUACGUCUUCACGUUCCUUAGCGUUGCGCUUUUCGCUUGCCAGAUCCCCGUCUCUGACGCGGUGCGCAGAAAGGGAGUAGAGAUCUGGGGAUGGAAAGAUGGUGUCGAGGUACCCGCAGUGACGCUCCUCGAGGCUGCAGCAUCGCUUGGAGUCAACCCUCUUUACAGGCACAUUCACUUCAUUCUCUGGUUCGGAAUCAUCCCCUGGCUCGCGUUCCUGUUCACCCUUAUUUCGGCGGCUGUGUCCUUUUUGGCUUUGAGUGGACUGAGGGAAAACAAUCAGCCUCUUGCUAAGGCCAGGGAUGCGCCCAUGUCUCAAGUCGCUUGAUUCUCGCAUGCUGCUACAGCGCGGCUUCUCCUUCCCUUCUUCUACUCCCACCCCGCUGAUGUUUUCAAAACGACCCCAAUUUUAUGCCCUUUACGCCUUCCCGCUCUGAUUAGAUUACUACUUAAUUUUACUCUUUACUUUUAAUGUGUACGCACGUCUGGAUUCAUGAAUACCACGUCUUUUUCUGGAA